AUGGUCGGUCCCCAGAAGCCCGGUAUAGGAGACCAGUAUCAUUUCAUCACCAUACAUGAUCCGCAUGACCGCACAGCGAGUCGUCUAGCUCGAUCGUAUGCUGUAGCCCGAGGUCUCGAGAAUAAGCGAAAGGCGCAGUCAAAACUGGGUGACAAUUUUCGCAUAGUAUCACCCAAAAACGAUAGUGAACGACCUAUAAAAAGACGGGAAUCGGAACAAACUCUUGUGAAUCAACCAGGCAUUCCCUGCUCAGCCCCACCUAGCUUUUUCCAUUGGCUAGCUGCGGAGUCACCGAAGCUAAAUGAAUUGCUAAAUCGAGACGAUGUAGAAAUAACCACACCAGCUGGAAACGCAGUAUUGAGUGUUCUGGAUGAGCUUGUGCUCCAGAAUUUCCGUCCAAUUCUUCGAACAGGGCCAGAUGAUGAUGUUCUCCUGAAUGCCAUCAUGCUCACAUUUUCCUUCUCAAUUGCCGCUGGUCACUUGAACAGGCAGUGUCUUGAGUAUCAAAGUGCAGCUUUGAGUUCCGUUCGCAAAAGGAUUAAUUCUCCGAACAAGUCUACCAUGGAGUCGACGAUGGGUGCUAUUCUACUUCUCGCUGGUGUAGAGGCUCAAAAAGGAGUGCCACGUCAGGUACGGCUUCACAUGGGGGCAAUCUAUCAACUUCUCGAAAUAUGCCAAAGAAAAGGCGUUUAUCUGAGCGACGGCAUCAAGCGUGCAAUAUUCUGGUCGUCCAGGUCGGACUUGAACUCUGCAGUUAUAGCAGGUUCGAGCCGGGUUUUCGAUCACACAACCUUCUCGGAGCUUCAGUGGAGAAGAGACCCUCUUUCCCCCAAAUUCUUCACAUUACCACCUGGCUUCCAACCCCUAUCUCAUUUACUAGACGAAAGCUUUUCCGAGAUACUCAAGGAUAUCCAUGCCUUGCAAUGCAUUCGGGAUUCUGCCCUAUUUGGCGCAGUGGAUGUAAUAUCGAUGGCCCAUAUCGAUAACCAUCAGGCUUCUAUCCAGUCAAGGCUAAUAGAUUUGCCCGAUGGCUCACCGAUCUCGGAUUGUUGCCAUAUCGCGGCAUAUCUCUGCUCAACGAUGCUGCGCUGCAAGGUUUGGCGCACUUCGACUAUUCCUUCACACCUUUCCUUACAAUUACUCAGCAAGCUUCAGAAAGCAAAAGAGGAUCCAACAUGGAAUAAUCUACGUGAGCUUCUUAUCUGGCUUCUGCACAUCGGCGGGGCUUUUGCCCCCACGGGAUCAAUACGAACUGCUUACAAGAAACUGUUACAUCUGAGCCUCAGCACCAGACUCGCAGGCCUGUAUACCUCUUGGGCAGAGCUGUGUGCUAUUCUUCGGCAGUUCAUCUGGUCAGAUAAAGCAUUCAUGUCGCAGAUUAGGGCAUUUUGGGAGGAAUGUAUUGUCGAAUAUAGGUUGGAGCAGACAAGUCGCACGCCAGAAGGUUAA